AUGAAGAUGCCUUUACCGUUUGGUUUGACCUCGCGACGCGCUAUCCAAAGUGCUACGCGGAACUAUGUGACUCCAUCAUCGGCGUCUCGAGCUGUGCCGUCUGUGGCGUUGAAUGAAACAGGAGAUGAUGGUCCACUUUCGAAUGACCAGCUUGUGGAACGAAUUCUUGGUAAAGGAGCUUCUCACAGAGGAGCAACGCGCCCUAUUUACAUGGAUGCUCAAUCCACUACACCAGUGGAUCCUCGAGUUCUGGAUUCUAUGCUGCCCUAUUACGUUGAACAGUACGGGAACCCGCACUCUCGUACACAUGCUUAUGGCUGGGAGACGGAAGCAGCCACUGAUAAGGCACGCAAGCAUGUCGCUGAGCUUGUAAAUGCCGAUCCUAAAGAAAUCAUUUUCACAUCCGGUGCAACGGAGAGCAACAAUAUGAUUUUAAAAGGUGUGGCAAAUUUCUACCGUGCGAAAAAAAAUCAUAUCAUUACCACGCAAACUGAGCACAAGUGUGUUCUUGACUCUUGUCGAAAUCUGCAGGAGCAAGGAUUUGAAGUUACUUAUUUGCCCGUGCAGUCGAACGGCAAAAUCGAUUUGGACAUGCUUCGUAAAGAGCUUCGUCCAACGACCAGUCUUGUAUCUAUCAUGUCCGUGAACAAUGAAAUCGGUGUUAUUCAGCCUAUCAAAGAAAUUGGCGAGAUUCUUAAGACGGAGGGACUUGAGCUUAGCAAACAGCUCGGAAAGGGAAUGCCUAAGCCAUUCUUUCACACAGACGCCGCACAGGCAGUGGGCAAAAUUCCCAUCGACGUAAACGAAGCUGGCAUUGAUCUAAUGAGCUUGUCAGGUCACAAGCUGUAUGGACCAAAGGGAAUUGGUGCCGCGUUUGUACGUCGCCGUCCUCGCGUGCGUCUUGAUGCAUUGAUCAGUGGUGGUGGUCAAGAACGUGGCCUCAGAAGUGGCACAUUGGCAACGCCCCUUGUGGUCGGUUUUGGUGAAGCUGCUCGUCUGGCGAAAAAGGAAAUGGCGUUCGACCACGCUCACGUGUCUGCAUUAUCAAAGCGUCUUCGCGACAAUAUUAUGUCUCGUGUUGAAAUGGUGCUUUUGAAUGGUGAUCCAGACGGCUAUCCGGGUUGCACGAAUCUCACGUUUCAGUACAUUGAAGGCGAGUCACUGUUGAUGGCAUUGAAAGACAUUUGUCUUUCGUCAGGUUCAGCUUGCACAUCCGCCUCGCUUGAGCCGUCGUACGUCUUGCGCGCACUCGGUUUGGACGAUGCGAAUGCACACUCGAGUCUUCGCUUCGGCAUUGGGCGCUUCACAACUGAAGAGGAAGUCGAUUUUGUUUGCGACAAGAUUGUCGCCGUGGUUCAGCGCCUGCGUGAUUUGAGCCCUCUCUGGGAAAUGGUUCAAGAGGGUAUUGACUUGAAUUCGAUCCAAUGGUCAGGAUAG